AUGCCAGACUCAUACCUCAUCACUGGCGGUAACGGUCUGCUCGGUCGCCAGAUCGUGCGGCUACUGCUCGAGCGCGGCGAGACCUCCGUCGCAGUGUUCGACGUGCGCGUCGCGCCGGGUGACCUCGACGAACGCGUGCGCGUCUUCACAGGCGACAUCACGAAGGACCACGAAAUCGACCAGGCCAUACAGGACUGCCAGGCGACUUGCAUCAUUCACACAGCAGCACUGAUUGGGUUUACUGGCCACGGGCGCGACCUGCUCUACCGCGUCAACGUCGGCGGCACAAAACUGGUUGUCGAUGCGGCUGUUGCGCACGGGGUGUCGAAGCUGGUGUACACCAGCAGUGCAAGUGCCGUGUUCGCUGGAAAGGACCAAGCGGGCGUCGACGAGACCGUGCCAUACCCGGAAAAGCCGCUAGACGAAUAUAGCGACUCAAAGGCGCAGGGCGAACGGAUCGUGCUCGAGGCCAACGGGCGGGGAAGCCUGCGCACCUGCGCGCUGCGCGUCGCGGGCCUUUUCGGGCCGGGCGACCGCGUGGCGGUACCCGGGUACAUGGGGGCGCUCCAGCGCGGGCGCACGAACACGCAAAUUGGGAACAACACGAACGUGUUCGACAACACCUACAUCGACAAUGCCGCGUACGCGCACCUCCUCGCGGCGGACCGGCUCGAUCCCGCACACCCGAAGCACGCGCGUGUCGCAGGCGAGCCGUUCUUCAUCACAAAUGGCGAGCCGCGGCGGUUCUGGGACGUGCCCCGCGCCUUCUGGCGCGCCGCGGGUUGGCAGGAGCCCAAGAAAUUCACGGUCAUCCCCCGCCCCGUCGCGUUCUUCCUCGCGUCGGUCCUCGAGUUCAUCGGGUGGCUGAUCGGCUGGAAACCUCCGCUCACGCGGUACCUCGUCAUCAUCUGCACCACUACCAGGUGGUGUAACAUUAGCAAGGCCAAGGAUGCGCUGGAUUAUGAGCCCCUCGUCUCUCUUGACGAAGGGAUCAAGCGUUCCGUGGAGUGGUACUUCGAGAGCCGUAAGAGUACCAAAAAGCAACUAUGA